AUGGCUGUACAAAAAGAAGAAGUUGUAAUAUCAGGUAUUGGAGGAGUAUUUCCUGAAUGCGAUUCGUUGGAAGACUUAAAAGACUUACUAUUUAACAAAACCAAUGGAAUAACAAUCGAUUCGAGAAGAUGGAGACCAAACGAACUUGGUGCUAUUGCUGGAACCGGAAAAAUGAAAAAUGUUGACAAAUUUGAUGCUACAUUCUUCAGUGCUCAUCCUAAAUUGGCUGAAUCUAUGGAUGCAAUGACGAGAAUCUACAUAGAACGUUCAAUUGAAGCAAUUUUCGAUGCAGGUUUGAGUCCAGCGGAUUUAAGAGGAACAAAUACAGCUGUAUUUUCAGGCUCAGCUAUCAGUGAAACAGAAAUGUUUUCAUUAGACUCCUCUAAAUUUGCUGCAUUUUCAAUGUUAGGACGGAGUAGAACAAUGCAAGCUAACCGCGUUUCAUACAUUCUAAAUUUAACAGGACCUAGUUUUACAAUGGAUGGAGGAUGGAUUUGUGGAUCAAACGCUUUAGAAAAAGCCAAAAAAAUGAUUGAAAAUGGUUUUAUAUCUUCUGCAAUUGUUGGAGUUACAAAUUUAACUCUUAGACCAGAGAUACAAUUCCAAUUUCAAGGGUUAAAUAGAUUGAAUAAAAAUAUUCAAACAAAAUCAUUCAGUUCUGAUGCUGAUGGUUAUAACAGGUCAGAAGCUUGUAUUGUUAUGUAUCUUCAAAAAGCAUCUGAAGCUAAACGUUCUUAUGGAACAUUAUUGAGUGUAAGAUCAAUACAGUUUGGGGACCACGAAGGACAUAUAACUGAGCACAAUGGAAAUAACUUAAAGUCAUUACUAUUAGAUUCUUAUAAACUAGUUAAUAUCGACCCAGCUUCUAUAGAAUUCAUUGAAGCUUACGGAUCCGGAAUAAAGACUGAAGAUGCUAUGGAAUUAAAUAUUAUGGAUGAAGUAUUUUGUACUAAACAGAGGAAGUUUCCAUUAAAAGUAGGUUCCGUAAAAAGUAAUAUAGGCCAUUGUGAAGUGUCUGGUCUCUUUAUGUCAAUUGUAAAAGCCAUAAUUAUACUAGAAAGUGGUUACAUACCACCCAACAUCAAUUACUUAGAACCAAAUAAAAGUGUAGCAGCGUUAAAAAAUGGAAAAAUUCAAGUGAUUAAUGAAAAAACUCCUUUCAAUGGUGAUAUUAUUGGAAUCAAUUCUUUUGGCUUAUUAAAUGCAUUUAGUCAUGUUAUUCUAAAAAGAAACAUUAAAGAAAAACAGAUAUUCAAGCAUAUCAGCAGUAAUGAUUUUAUCCCAAGACUUAUAUUAGCAUCUGGGCGGAAUGAAGAAAAUACUAGAGCGACUGUAAAAAAAAUCAAAUGUCACGGAAAUGAUCCGGAAUAUUUAGCAUUGACCAAUGACGUGUUUACUAGAAAUAUCAAUGCUCAUUUCUUCAGAAGUUUUUCUAUUUUCCCAACAUUAGAUGAAUCACGGAUAGAUGAAGUUUGGAAUGUUGAUAUGAAGAAACGACAGAUAUGGUUUAUAUUCUCCGGUAUGGGAUCACAAUGGCAUGGAAUGGGCACAGAUCUUAUGAAACUUCCAGUUUUCGCUGAUGCUAUAAACAAAUGUGAUAUCACAUUAAAGCCUCUAGGAGUCGACAUCAAAUACAUUUUAACCAGCCAAAAUCCAAAAAUAUUUGAUAAUAUUCUUAAUUCUUUUGUUGGAAUUGCUGCGGUUCAGAUUGGAUUAGUAGAAGUUUUGAAAGCAUUAGACAUUAUACCUGAUGGGAUUAUAGGCCACUCAGUCGGAGAAUUAGGGUGUGCCUACGCUGACGGUUGUUUUACGGCUGAAGAAAUGAUAUUAUCUGCUUACGCCCGAGGUCGAGCUUCUUUAGAAACAGAACUUAUUCCUGGAAUGAUGGCGGCCAUUGGACUUGGAUACGACCAAAUAAAAGAUAAACUUCCACAUGACAUUGACGUUGCUUGUCAUAAUAGUGCCACUAGUUGCACAAUAUCGGGUCCAGUUGACAGCAUCAAUGAGUUUGUGUCAGAAUUAAAAUCCAAAGGUGUCUUUGCAAAAGCUGUCAAUGUUGCUGGCAUUGCAUUCCAUAGUAGAUAUAUUCAAUCCGCUGGUCCGACUCUGCUUAAAUAUUUAAAAGAUGUAAUCAGAGUACCGAAAAAAAGAUCAUCAAGAUGGGUUAGCAGUUCAUUGCCAGAAACAAAAUGGGAAUUAGACCUCUCAAAAUAUUCUUCACCAGAAUAUCAUACAAACAAUUUAUUGAGUAGUGUGUUGUUUGAAGACGUUCUAAAACAUAUACCUAGUGAUGCCAUCGUAAUUGAAAUUGCUCCUCAUGGUCUCCUUCAGGCAAUAUUAAAAGAAGCAUUACCCGAAACAGUAACCAAUGUGCCACUAACAAAGAGAAUGUAUGGAGAUUCAAUUCGAUUUCUACUUUCUGCUAUAGGAAAGUUAUAUGCAAAUGGUGUUAAUCUUAGAAUUCAAAAUAUUUAUCCAAAAAUUUCAUUUCCUGUUAGUCGAGGUACUCCCAGUAUUCAAAGUUUGCCUUUUUGGGACCAUAAUGAGCAAUGGACACCUGUUGUAACUACCAAUUCACAAAUACAUGGAUUCUUUGGUGAAAGAACAACUACUAUACUAGUUAAUGAUAGUAUUCAUUUAACCGAGUACCAAGUUCAUAAUCUUCAUAUUAUACCAUUUGCUUAUAUAAUGAUAAAUACUUGGGAAAUGUUUGUUGAAAUUAAUUCUAAAACAUUUUCCGAAGAAUCUGUUCAAUUUGAUAAUCUACGUUUUAAAAAUAAUAUCAAAGUCCAUCCAAAUAAUGUAGCUGAAGGUAAUUUAAUGAUUCAAUGGGGAUCUGGUCAUUUUGAAUACUAUUUAAAUGAUGAAGUUAUUUUUUCUGGUCAAAUAAGCUUCUUAAAUAAUAUACAUUUAAACAGAAAAACAGAAAAACCAAUAGAAUGUGAUAUAACAUCUGAUCAAUUUCAAGGGUGUGUACUAAAAGAUGAAAUAUAUGAGAUAUUCAAAAAUAACGGAUUCAAUCUAGGGGAGAAUUUCAAAAAUAUUACCAAAUUUAAUAUCUAUAAAAAUUAUAUCCAAGGCAAUAUAAAAUGGAAAAAUGAUUGGAUUUAUUUUCUUGAUGGCUUAUUUAAAUUUCCUAUAUUACAAAAUUUAGGCACAUGUCCAAUAGAAACACCAAUUUCUAUUAGGCAAAUAAGUAUAAAUCCGACAAUGUUAAAAACAAAUACAGAAAGAGAUGUAUGUGUAAAUUAUAACACCGCAACUAAAGAAAUAACAUGUGACGGAAUAAAAAUAACAGAUAUAAAAUAUGGGCAUUCAAUAUUGCCGGUGAUUAAUUCUGCAGUAGUAAAUGUACAAGAAGAGAUAUUUAUUCAAUUCAAUCUCUCACAAUGCAAAAACAUUAAUCAUUUCAUCUAUGACUCUAUGGAUAUAAUAACAGAUACUUUUGAUAAAACCUCAGAAAAAUUAAUUUUAUGUACUCCAUACCAUUUUGACGAUCUUUUAUCUAAAUUAUGUACAAAAACAAUCAAACAAAUCUUUGAAAAUCAAUUAACAAUGCAUAAUGAGACCUUAAAUUGGCAUGACAUUGAAAACGUACCGGAAAAUGACGAAUCUAGAAGAUUUAUCACAGUUACUAAUGUUAAUUACUUACAAGAUACAACAAGAGCUUUAGUCAAUAUAAAAUGUAGUUUCAUUAUAGUAUGUUCAGAAAACAAACUUAAAGAUCUUAAAGAUUGGAAAAUUAUCACACAACAAAAAUUUGACAAUAACUGCUGUUUAGGAUUGAUGAAAAAGGUAAUUGUCUUAGACAAGAACGUAAUAUCUAUAAAACCAACAAAUGAUGAAUAUGAUUUGAGCAUUUGGAAAGCAUUAGAGACACAUAAUAAUUCAUCGAAAGAUAUGAUUUAUAUAAUUUCAAGGUCUGAGCCAUUGGAAGGCAUUAAUGUUUAUGUUAACGAAAUCUUACAAAAGUAUAAAUCAAAAAAAUUAAGAUUUUUGUUUAUAUUGGAUUCAAACGCACCAGAUUUUGAUUCUAACCAGACAUUUUAUACAAAUCAGUUAUCAAAAGAUUUAAUAGUAAAUAUUUAUAAAAAUGGCGGUUGGGGCUCUUAUAAAAAAAUUGUUCUUCAAGAUUUAAAAAAUGAUAUUAAGUUCAACAAAAAUUUAGUGUUCAAAAAUCUCACUAAAAAUAAUAAAAGUAAAUUAACAGUAAAAUAUCUUGGUUUGAAUUUUAAAGAAAUAGUUGUCGAAGAAAACACCGAGAACGAAUUUGGACCUUUGGAAUACUCAGGGUAUAUUGAUAAUAAAACCAUUAUGGGAAUUACUUCGUUCGAAAAAAUAUCUUCUCAAAUGAUUUAUGAUCCAUUAUUAUCAUGGCCUAUACCAUCGACAUGGUCACUAGAAGAAGCAACCACUAUUCCUCUGGCAUACGCAAUGAAUUAUUAUAUUUUUAACAUUUUGUGUAAACUUCAAAAAGAUAAUUCCGUUUUGGUAACUUCUGGGUUGCAUCCAAUAGGUCAAGCUGCAAUUGCAAUAAGUUUAAGUAUAAAGUGUGAAACGUACGCUAUUGUAAACUCACACCAACAAGCAGAACAAUUAUCUAGUAUCUUCCCAGAGCUAUUGCGAUCAAGAAUACUUGUGAACACCAAUAACAAAUUUGACGUUCAACUAAAAAUGAUAACUAAAUCCAAAGGAAUAGAUUUUAUAUUAAACUUUUUGAGUGGUAAAUCAUUUGAAGCUUCUUUUCGUACAUUAGCUAAGCAUGGAAGUUUCUUUAAUUUUUCAAAAGCAGAUAUGAAAAAUCAAAAAUACUUAGGAACACGAAUAUUUUUGCAAGACACAUCGUUCUUCACCAUCAGUUCAGGAAUUUUGUUAAACGAAAGUGUUCUAAAUAAACAAAUUGUACAACAAGCACUAAUGAACGGUUUAAAUGAAGGUGUAUUAAAGCCUAUACGUAAUUAUUUUGUAAUUACAUCAUUAAAUGGUAUAAACAUUUUUAACACAAUGAGAUCCAAUGCUGUAUCGAUUAAAUCUGAAAAAGUUGUACUUUCAAUAGACGAUAAUAACAAUAAUGAUGAGAGUUCUAAGUUAAAAGAAAAACUUCAAUAUAAAUCAUACGAAUGUCAUCCUAAUAAAACGUAUCUAAUAGUUGGAAAUAGAGGAGAUUGGCUAGACCUUGCUGAAUGGUUGGUUGACCGAGGUGCUCAAAAAAUUGUAAUCAUAGUCAAAAGGUGUUUAAUGUCAUCUACUAUUUGUAGGAGAUUUGAUAGACUCAUUUCACGAAAUGUAUCUGUACAAAUUGAAUCAGAUUUGCAUUUAAAAUCAAAAGAGGAAUCACUUAACUGGUUAAAUAAUUUGACAAAUUUUAAAGUUUUGGAUUCCAUUUUUAUAGUGAAUCAGUUUGAUAUUGAUAAAAUUAAUAAUCUUCGAUAUGCUUUUGAAAAGCAUACCAAUAGAACAUUAACAAGUUCGUUUGUAUGUUUAUUAAGUAAUGGAAAUUCUAUUUGUUCUGAGCUUAAAUCGAUUGGAUUGAACGCUUUAAAUAUUUCCUGGGAUGGAAUGUCUUCGCAAAUGACUAAUACAUCCAAAAUAUUGCCUUCAUUGGAUAUUUUGUUACAGAAAUCAUACACAGCGGAGUCUUCAUCAUUUGUAUGCUCAGAACAUGGCUCUUUUAAAUCAGAGAGUUAUCAACAAAUUAAUAAUAUAAUCACAAAUAUUUUUCCCGAAUCAAGUGAUGAAUUACAUUUUCUUAACAAUAUACAAACUCAAGAAAUAAAAUUUGUCGAAGUUUCAACUAGAAGUCCUAGAUUAUCACAACUAAAAUCUGUCAUACCUGUAUUCAUAAUACCUGGAUUUAAGCCAAAACUCAUAAAAACAUUUUUUGAAAAAUUGAGUUACCCAGUUUUUGAAGCCCAAUUAUCCAAUGAUAUCAAGUCCAUCGAUGAAGUAUCACAGAUUUUAGUAAAUAAACUAAAAAAAAUUACAAAUCAAAAAUAUGUAUCUAUAAUUGGUGAAUCUUGGGGCGGAACCGUUGCUCUUAAAAUGGCUCAAAUAUUGGAAGCACAAGGAACAUUAACUACUGUAACAUUAUUAGAAGGCGAUCCAGAAAUGUUAGCAGAGUGUGCGAAACAAUUUUUAUCUAAUGGCUAUAUCACUAAGAAACUAAAUACAGUAUAUGGUUCAUUAUCAAGUAAGUUUUCUAAACAUCCUAUACAAAACUAUAAUGAAGAAUCGCAGUUGAUAAAUAUGUCAGCUUAUCAAAAACAGUUUGAAGAAAACACACAGAAAGCUUUAAAUACAAUUCGCUAUAAGUUACAAACAUUAUUAGAAACUAAGCCACUUUCAAAUAAAAUACAUUCAAAAGUUGUAAUAUUUAGAUAUGAAAAAACAUCUAAAUUUAAUAGCACUAACUUAAAAGAUUAUUGUCUCAACCCACCAUUUGUCCAUAUAAUUUCUGGGAUGGAUUAUAAACACAUGAUGGUAGACAAGAAAAUGAUUUCAAUCAUUAAUAAUAAUAUUGUUCAUUCGUAUCCGAUAGGAGUGGAAUUGUCACUGAGUGAUAAAUACAAAAAUUUCUACUUUUAUAUGCAAAAAUAUUUG